AGACAAGCAUAACUGACUCUCAGAUUCAAGAAGUCCGAGCUGAGCAGAUUCAUGAAGUUCAUGCUGAGAAGGUCGUGCAGAAUGUAACAAACAUUGAUGAGACAAGAAUAACUGACUCUCAGAUUCAAGAAGUCCGAGCUGAGCAGAUUCAUGAAGUUCAUGCUGAGAAGGUCGUGCAGAAUGUAACAAACAUUGAUGAAACGACCAUAACUGACUCCCAGAUUCAAGAAGUUCAAGCUGAGCAGAUCCAUGAAGUUCAUGCUGAGAAGGUCGUACAGAAUGUCACAAACAUUGAUGAAACAAUCAUUACUGACUCUCACAUUCAAGAAGUUCGAACUGAGCAGAUCCAUGAAGUUCAUGCUGAGAAGGUCGUGCAGAAUAUUACAAACAUUGAAGAGACAAAUAUAACCGACUCUCAGAUUCAUGAAGUUCAUGCUAAGAAGGUCGUGCAGAAUGUAACAAACAUUGAUGAAACAGUCAUCACCAGUCCCAAGGACGUGUAUGUGAAAAAGGUUGAAAAAUUCGUUGUUAACAUUUUCCAAGAUCAUGACCAACCAUCUUCAAGUAUCUCAUCACCCACAAAGCAAAGGCCGACUGAAGCAGCUGCUCGGCCAAAAACAGCUCCCGACCCUGUAUAUAAAGGUGAUCCCACACCAUCAGGGGUUCUCGAGAAAGUAUCUCGCAAAAUUCACAAAGGUCGGCGUGUGAGAAAAUUCAUUAAAUAUUUCAACAAGAGGACAUGGAAAGAAACUGAAGUCAAAGUUGCAGAAAAUUACAAAAAGCUCAAUGAGCCUGAUUUCGAGGUCCAUCCUAAAUUAAAGAAAGUUCCAAACUUCUAUGGGGGCCAAAUGGCUGAUGAGUACAAGAAAGAAAAAGAAUUUGCUGUAACAGAGGGAUCUGAAGAAAUAGGGGAGGUGAUGACUAUAAAUGAACUGAUCAAACAGCUUGAUGAUGAAAGCUGUAAGUACAUCGCAAUUGCGGGACAGGCUGGAAGUGGCAAAACGACUAUUAUGAAACGCGUGUCUCGAAGUGUUGCUGUUGCAAAUGACUUGGUGAAGGAAGCUAGGAAAGUAAAAGGAACAUUCAGCAAAUUGUUCAGCAGAAAAAGACGUCAAUUUAAAUUUGUUCAUCACUUCGGUUUUAAAGAUAUGCCGGUUUCCUAUGCUACAAGACCAGAAGAAGCACUGAGCCCUUGCGAUUUGCUUUUUGGAAAGAUUGCUCCUGGGUUAGAGGUAGAAGAUGGAUAUGAAUGGGUUAUUGAGCAUGAUUCCGAGUGUAUUUUCUGCUUUGAUGGUCUAGAUCAAGCUAUGUGGGAUCUUAAUGGAAACCAUAACAAGAUGAAUUAUUUUGACAAGUCAAGUACCGCUACAAUUAUAUACAAUAUUUUAACAAAAAAUCUUUUCCGCAGAGCAAAAAUAGUUAUUUCAUCAUGAGAACACAAAAUCGCAUCUUUGCCUCUGCAA